UAAGGAAAGGGAGAUAGAGCCGGCCCCCUGGUAUUUCUCCAACCCCUUGGUCUGCUUCACAUAGGGGUAGCAAACAGCAGACGAGUGGCAGAGCUGGGACAGAGACACGAGGGAGCUAACAGGACAUGGCCCAAAUCCAGCAACCGGAGCCAGUGAAGGACACUAAAUCCCAGGCAGAAAACUUAACCAAAGAAAUUGAUCUGGUGCAGAGGGACCCCAAACACAUCAACCAGGAGGUGGUGCAGGUGAGGUGGAAACAUCGUCAAGAUGCCAAUAACAAUAUCAGUCUUAUAUAUUUAUGGGAUAUAUACAUAGGGGAUAUUUUAGUCUCAGGUAAUUCUUUAUUUUCUGUAAAGUGGGACCAUGAAAAUAAAGGUAUUUUAAACUCAUCAAUGCUAUUAUUUACACAGUGCCAACUGAUUCUGCAGUGCUGUACAGUAGGAACAUAAUGUGUCCACAUAAAAAUUAUAACAAAUAAGUAGAAGAGGACAUCAGGGCCCUACUGAAACAAACUUACAGACAAUUUAAAAGGAAUCCAAACUCUAUAUUGGGGUUCAUGACUUUUCAACUUUUGAGUAUUGUCAGGGAUGAAUGGCCAGGGAUUCUGAGUGAAUUUAAAAUAGAUUUCCAAAUGAGGAAGGGAUGUGAGCGAGAGGUACAGAAGAAGGGAGGAGAAAAGGUAACAGAGGAGAGCAGAUGGAUGAAGGACGCAGAAUAUGGGAAGUAAAUAAAGGGGAAAGGAAAGGGCAGGAAAUUGAAUGAGACAGAAAAAGAGGGGUAAGUAAAGAAGAUCAUGGGGAAUGUUCCAACUCCAGCCUUGUGUGUCUGUUGUUAAAUCUUGUUCCUUCUUCUGUGUCUAUUUAUUUGUGUGUCUCCAUCCCUUGAGUGUCUCUCUGCAUCUUCAGUGUUUGUCUCUUCCUAGUCACCCCCUUGUACAUGUCUUUCAACAUUCUCACCACUGUUGUGUUUCAUCUCUCUUUUGCAACCACCACCCAAGCGCUUUCUCUUCCAUCUUCUCAAACUCUUAUGUGUCUCUAUUUACGCUCUCGCACACCUUAUUGCAUGUCUCUUAUCCCAACGUUUAAACUCCCAUGUUGUCUCUAUCGCUCCACCAUUGAGAAUAUUUUCAUCUACCUCCUCAUCCUCUUGUUUCUAUCCAUCCCCUCCUUUUGUGCAUUUGCCCAUCUCAUCACCAGGGCCGGACGGCGAGUUAAAAGCAGCCCUGUAAAUCUUUUUAUACCAGCCCUAUCAUGCAUUGCAUCAGCACAGUGCAUAGAUACACAGGUGGUAAGAAAAACCCAACAAUGAAAAUUAUUUCUCCAACCUAUUUUGUCAUAGGACAAAAUAAGAAAACUCUAUUUUGAACUGAGCCUCCUGUAAUGCCAACUGCACGGCGUCUAGCUUCGGCAGAGCUGAAGAAGCCGGGGGGCCAAUCCUGCUAUUCAUUCACUGGCUGAGAUUGUCAGCUGAUAUGAAGAAUGUGGGAAGUGAAUGAAGGGUAAGGGAAAAGAGGGGUAAGUAAAGGAGCCCAAGGGGAACAUUCCAACUCAAACUAGAUCUUGUUAAAUCUUUUUCUCUCUCUGUUUGUCUCUCUCCGUAUUCUGAUCCCUCGAGUGUCUCUUUGCGCCUCAGUGUCUGUCUCUUCUUUCUCUUUCUUACUACCGUUAUGUAUAUCUCUCCUUUUCUCCAACAUUACUUAAGAGUCGCUCUCCAUCUUCUCAUGUGCUUGUGUCUCUCUCUCUCUGCACUCCCACACCCCUUGUCUGGUGUCCAUCAUGAGAGUAUUUUCCACCACAGCCUCACCCCCUUGUUGGUUUCUCUUCAUCACCUCGUUUGCCUCACUCCAUCUCACUAUCCUCUUGCAUUUCUCUUGAUCUUCCAACCUGUAUAUCACACAGCCCAACAUUUCAAAUGGACAAAGAGGGACACUAAUUUUAGGAGUGUUAAUGCCGGUGUGGCCAGGGGCGAGGCUGUUCUGAGAAUUUUUAGAUGACUUAUUAAUAACAAUUUAUAAAUGAAACCAUAAAGCUACAAUAACAAAUAUCCCAAAAUAGUGUAGUACAUAAAAACACCCUAUAUUUGGUAAGUAGGCUAAUGCACUCAGAAAAGCCAAUAGGUAGUAGGCAGAACACAACAUCAAGUUGUAAUGAAAUCUUCCUUCUUCUGAAACUCACACAUAAAUAAUAACAAUUUAGGCAACUAAAUGUAAUUUUGAACAAGUACAAUUUAUCUCACUUACACAGGCUGAUUUCUAAAAAACAUUUAUUGUAGUUUAACCCCUCAAGGACCAAAUUUCUGGAAUACAAGGGAAUCAUGACAUGUCACACAUGUCAUGUGUCCUUAAGGGGUUAAAGACACAUUACAGUAUUAUUGUUGUGGUGCUCUGGUAUGCACAACUGAGCUACUAGAAAGGAGGGGCAGAGGGAUUGAGGCCCAAUAUAGGGACUGUCCCUCCUAAGUAGGGACACUUGGGAGGUAUGGGAUAUUAGCAUGUACUAAUUAAAUAUUAAAAGAAUUCUCCAGAUUUUGCACUGGAGGCUUCAGGUUUUAUAGUUAAAGAGUUAAUCCAACCUUUUAAAAUGUAAUGCCUUUUUAUGCUGACUGAAUAAUACCCUAUCUUGCAUUAUUCUUAAGGUCCUCCCCUUCCCUGUCGCUAGAAAUAGAUUAUAAAUUACGUUUUACUCACCUGGAAUCCAGAGCCGGACCAAGCUUCUGGCGCAUCUUUCCACACCCUCAUAUGACAUCAUGACAUCCGAAUGAUGUCCAAUCACAGGCUUCUCAUAGAGAACCAUUACAUGGAACCAUUUAAACCAGGUCAGAGCGCAUGCGCACGCACUGAGCUUGUAAUGGGGAGGGGAGAAAUAGUGGGGAGGAGGGAAUAAUACAAAAAAAACUUCAAGAGUGUGUGUGACGUAGUUGUGGUGGUGAAAGGAUUAAAGUUCACUAUUUGUCUGCACUAGACCGGAAAUAAUGCUAAAAUCCCACUUAACACCACCCACACUUAACCAUAAUAAUAUAAAUAUUACUAUUUUAACACUGCCACCACCAAGACAAUUUAUACAUGGGGUGCCUUGGUCCUCCAGGUAACAAUAAUUAAAAUCCACCAAAUACAACUCAGCACAAUCCCUAUGCAAUUGCAAACCACUCAUUAAUUAGUCUCUGAAGAUAACGUGAUUCUUUACCAGAUAAUAAAGGCUUAUUCAUUAUGAGCAAAAAAUAGUCACAGUGCAUACAAAAAUAUAGAUGAUAAACAAAUUAUUUACACCAAUAACAGAUACAAACAAAAGGGAUAAGUCCUAAUCACUUACUCAGGUUUUCAAAGUAAAACUACACACUUUAGUAUCAUUAGCUAUAUACCCUGUGGAUUACCAAGCCUCGCCUAGAGGUGGAGAUAAGGUAUACCUAUAGUAACUAUAAGUGACCACCCCCUUGUGUUCCAGAUCAACAUCAAUCCAAAUGGAAACAUUUGGUUAUAUCUCCUCUUAUGUAAUUGCAACAGAGAUAAUAAUUGCAUCUAUGAAUUUGUUACAGUUUUCCCCUUCAAUAGCUAUGUCACACUCUGUACUUGUGACCAAAUAUAGCAGACAUUACAAUCCCUUCCCCUAUGGUUAAGUUAUGCAAAUCAUGUUUAGGCUUGAUUAGAAGAUUGUGCUUGUCCCAUUCUAAAUCUAAUAAAAAAAUAAGGUUUAAUUAUUAAUCUGUGGGUAAGUAUUAAUGUUUCCUUUGGAUAUGAUACUGGAACACAAGGGUUUUCUCGAAGGCCAAUGAUCAUUAACAUAUCAAAGAAAUUAACUCAUUAAUCAAGAGGUACAGGCCAUAUGGUUGAAGUCAAUUAGUUUACAUUGGAACUAGACAUCCAGGCAUCUCAAGUGUAGAAUUUCACACAUUGCAGAGUUUUUGAUUAAUCAAAUCCAUGGGGAUCAAUCCAUGUUGUAAACCAUCUGCCCUCUUUCACAUUCCUAAACAAUUUACAUUACCCCUUCUGUCAUCUGACCUCUACCAAGUGGCCAAUUAAUAUAUGCACUACAUAAAUUACAUUAAAUGGCAAUAUUAUAUUGUGCAGCAAUGAAUUAUGCACCCUUGGAUCCACGAAAGAAGGUUAGGAGAAAGGAGAUAUCCAGGUUUCCCCUGUAGUGUGAAAGCUGAAAAACUGCACAUACUGACUCUUACCACCAUGGCCACUUCAUAUCACUGAAGUAGUCAUGGUGGUUUGAGUAGUUCUUUAAUUGCAUCAAAUCUCCCCAGAUAUGUUCCCAUAACCACAUCUGCCAACGUACUUUGGGUAGUAGCAGUCUAUUUUAUAUUAAAGCAGCUGUCACCUCAAUUAAACUUUAUAAAAAUAACCAAAAUUCCAAAAUAGUCUACAGGUUUAUCAGUAUUAUUUUAAAGCACACGUCUAAUAGAACGGAUUUGCAGUUACGCACUCAGUCCGUUAUGACAAAGGACUAAUAAUAGAAUGCACCUGGCAUCCUUUUUUGAUUAAGAACUAAUUUCUAACUUGCUAAAUUGAGCUCUAUAAUUAAAGCAGAGGCCAGGAAACAGCUGAGGCAGGACCCAAAUUGCCCAUAGCAUGACUUGCUUAUAAACCACGUAGGAUGAAAUCUAUUAUUAAAACAAAAGCAUAAAAACUGUUGAAUGUUUAAUGGGAAACAAAAUAUUCCUUUUAGGAAACAGAACUGAUUUUUAUGCUUUUUUUCCCAUUAAACUGUGUGCUGUGCUGUGCUGUGAUUAACAAAAAGACUUACUAGUGGGAGGUAGACAUGGGGGGGGCAGGGACGUAUCAAACAAGGCAUUGGGCGGCAUUUUCCAGGGGGCGGCAAAAAAAGCCGCCCCCAAAUGCCCAGGGCAAAUGUCUUGUUAGCCUUGCCUAACUAAAAAUACGGUCAGUCGGGCGGCGCUGGCGAGGGAGCACUUUCCCCUGAGCUGUCUGCUCAGCUCCCUCUCACACCACAGAGUGAUGCCGGGAGCCGGAAUAUGACGUCAUAUUCCGGCUCCCAGCAUCACUCUGCGGCGCGCGAGGGAGUUGAGCAGAGAGCUCACUAAUCAGUGCUACCUCGCCAGCGCCGCCCGCCCAACCAGCAGCCACUGGACCCCAGGGAAAGGGAGAACCCCCCACCAGCAUUCCCAAAGGUCAGGAGGCUAGGGGGGGGGUUGAAUAAAAAAAAAGGGAGUGUGUUAAUGUGAGUGUGUGUGUGUGUUAGUGUGUGUUUGUCUGUUAGUGAGUGUGUUUUAGUGUGUGUCUGUUAGUGAGUGUGUGUUUGUGUGUGUGUUAGUGAGUGAAUGUGUGUCUGUUAGUGUGUGUGUGUUAGUGCAUGUCUGUGGCUGUGUGUUAGUUUGUGUCUGUGUGUCUGUCUGUUAGUGUGUGUGUGUCUGUUGGAUAACGUGUGUACGUCAGGGAGUGUGUCUGUUAGGGAGUGUGUUACUAUGUGUGUGUCUGUGUCUGUGAGAGUGUAUGCGUGUCUGUUAGUGAAUGUGUGUGUCUGCUAGUGACUUUAUGUGUCUGUUAGUGAGUGUGUAUGUCUGUUAGCUAGUGUAUGCGUGUCCGUCAGUGAAUGUGUGUGUGUGUGUGUAUUUAUAAGGCGGGGCACUUUCACCAAAGUAACCCUCCAGCGCCGACCCUCACACCCCCUAGCGAAUUCCGGCUUCUGAAAUCUCAGCAGGGGCACUGCUGAUUGGCAGCCAGCUGACAUUCUCAGUCAAUCAUAAACUCCCCAUUCAUAAACUUGGCUUGAAAAGAAAUGUAUCUUUUUCCAAAAACAGAUUAACCCUUAAGAGUGUACCCGGGGGCCUCCGCUGGCACAAUAACAACUUCAUUUAGAUUAAGUUGUUAUUGUGCCUAAACUUUCAGUUUAAGUCAAAAACAAUACUGUAAAUCAUAAAUAUUUUUACACGAGUUUUCAAAAAUCUCAUGGAUUAGAUGGAUUUUCAAAAUCUCACUUAUCCUAAAACAAAAUUGAUGUCUUAUCAAAUGUAAAUGCUAAUAGUAUAUUUUUAUAUUUGCUGACACAUCACAGUACUAAAGUUUGAAACAAAACAGAAUAAAUGAAUCAAGUCGAGCUGUUCAUACAUACAAUAAAUUACUAAACUAAAGUAAAAGCCACCCUGGCAUUAGAUAUUAAUCCUAAACUCAACAAUAGAUGGCGAUGCGUCGAGCUGAUGUGGAGCAGUGUAUAUUUAAACCCAGAGGGAGUGGGGCACUGGCUGUUACAUAGUUACAUAGCUGAAAAGAGACUUGCGUCCAUCAAGUUCAGCCUUCCUCACAUUUGUUUUUUGCUGUUGAUCCAAAAGAAGGCAAAAAAAAAACAGUUUGAAGCAGAAUUUUAGAACAAGCUAGGAAAAAUAUUCAUUUUUGACCCCAGAAUGGCAGUCAGAUUUAUCCAUGGAUCAAGCAGUUAUUACCCUACAUUGAAAGAUUAUAUCCUUGAAUAUUCUGUUUUUGCAAGUAUGCAUCUAGUAGCUGUUUGAACAUCUGUAUGGACUCUGAUAAAACCACUUCUUCAGGCAGAGAAUUCCACAUCGUGAUUGUUCUUACAGUAAAAAAACCUUUCCUUUGCCUUAGAUGAAAUCUUCUUUCUUCCAGUCUAAACGCAUGGCCUCGUGUCCUAUGUAAAGUCCGGUUUGUGAAUAGAUUUCCACACAAUGGUUUGUAUUGGCCCCGAAUAUAUUUGUAUAAUGUUAUCAUAUCCCCUCUCAGGCGACGUUUUUCUAAACUAAAUAGGUUUAAAUUUGUUAACCUUUCUUCAUAGCUGAUAUGUUCCAUUCCUUUUAUUAAUUUUGUAGCCCACCUCUGCACUUUUUCUAGUGCCAUAAUAUCCUUCUUUAGAACAGGUGCCCAAUAUUGCACAGCAUAUUCAAUAUGUGGUCUGUUGCUGUCAAACACGCCAGAGGGCAGACAGCUGAGACUCGUGGGUGUCUGCACUCAUUUCAAGUAAAUAGAGGGGGAAUUUAUGGUAUCCUAGUUAAUACUAUAAAUAUUUUCUUAUAAGAACUGCACACACACACAGUAUAAAUUAUAUUUUUUUAAAGAGUGCCCAAUUUAUAAAAUACCCUUUUUACGGUAGUGGCAAUCCCAUUGCAUACAACAUCUGAUAUUUCCAUUUAACAGAUUGUCUGCUAGCCUGGGAAUGCUUCACUUUAUGGGAGGAACACAUAUUAAAAUGACACAUUACUUGGAGUCCAAGCCGGUUUCUUUAUUCUCUAUGCUACAUAUAGAAAAACAUAACUAUAUGAUAUUGUUAUUCCAUUUUGUUUAGCCAUUCCUCCCACACUAGCCUUGAGAUUUACUAAUAUUUUUCUCCAUUUUAAUUUGAAAUAAUAAUUGAUUCAAAACGGUCGGCCAGAGGGGGGCCUGAAAAUUUGCCCAGUUGUGUUCAAUUGUAAUCUUUUUUUUUUUUAAAUUCUUUAUUUUGUCACAGUCAACAAGAUAUAUAUAUAUAUAUUGCGAGUAAUACAUACAAUGAAGCAUAUCACUGUUUUUAAUCUUCUGCAUAUAUUGGUGGGAUAGCGAUGUUGGCUGUGGUAUUUUGUUUUAUGGUAAUGUAGCUUGUUACUGCCAUGGUCAUGUCUUUAGCGAUGGUUGUGGUUAGUGUAGGUGUCUGGGACAUGUAUGGCUCUGUGGUUUCAGAAAGUGAGAGAAAAUGCGAUAUCUUUCUAUGGCGGGUUGGGUGCUGAGUGGGCACAGCUCCACUUGGUAGAGUAAGUGUAAGUGGUUCCUAGCGCGGAGCUGGGGGGGGUAAGGUGUUCGUGAAGGAGCUAGUGUUUCUGAGUUUCGGCUUGUUUAGGUCUGGGAGGUGGCGGAGAUGGGUGUGGCCUGCUGUUCAUGGUGUGCAUGGUGUGGUAUGUUGCGCGGUGUCUAAACGGUGUAUAUAACACAAACAAAAAACAGAAAGGGUACAAUACCAACAGUAUAACUUAUGCUGCGUCUACAGUUUCUCAGCGUGAGGCUGGCCCUAUGAGGUGCCUGUGCCUCAUAAUACGAGAGAAAAAACUAUAAAAACGGUAAAAACAAAGAAUCCCAAGAGGUUACGUAACCAUAUAUAAAAGCAGCUAUAUAAAUGAAAAGAUGUAAUGUCCAGAGUCACGUAGUUGCACGGCUGGGUAAGUUCCGAUUUGCCGGGAUGAACGGGACAGAGUUGGCCGGGUCCCAUGUUGUCGGUGCUGGCGUUGCUGCGUGGUUCAGGCCCAGAUUGGUCAGGGUUGCCUCUAUCUGCGAUGCCUCCGCUACCUUGAUCUCCGUGUUUUGGUGCUGGAUAAUGAGCAUGUGUGUUGGGCCCCAUCGGUACUUGAUUCCGUUUGUUGAUAGUAUGGAUGUGAGUGGUCGUAGCGUCUUCCGCCACUGAAGUGUCGGUCGAGAGAGAUCUGAGUAGAAGGUAAUGUCCAUAUCCUCAAAGCGGAAUGGGGGUUUCCCCCUCACUGCUUUCAAGAUGGCUGCCUUAUCUUGGCUGUUUUGGAAUUUGACCAGUAGGUCGCUGGUGUUGGAGGCCGCAGCUGCAGGAGGCUUUGGGAGCCAAAACAUCCCCUCUAGUGUGAUACCUUUUGCUUGUUUGGGUGACAACAGUGCUGUGAAGAGCCUACGCAGGCAGUGGGGUAGUUCUGCUUGUGUGAUAGUGUCCAUGAGGCCCCUGAUCUUUAGGUGUUUCCACCUUCUCUUGUCCUCCAUUGCUGCUAAUUGGUGGCUCAGAGUGGUGUGAGCUGCAGUGAGAGUGGCAAUCUGAUUCUGCAGCCCUUGGAUGUGGGCUGCAUGUGUUGUGGUUGUCUGCUCAAUUAUAUUUAGGCGCCCAUUAAACCCCCUGAGGUCUUCUCUCACCUGGGAGAUUUCUGAGGAGAGGCUGUGGCGGAGAUCCGCCAGGAGGCCGGUAAGUAUCCCUGUGGUGAGAGGUUCUGACCCUUUGGCUGCUGGCUGGGCAGAUGUUGUAGGGUUAAUUCCCCGCUCUUCUGUAUCGUGGAGGGAGUAGUCAGCCGAGUCAUCUGAGAAAUCUCCCAUGUCCGCCGCCAUGUCAGUCCUCCCCGCGCCAUGCGGUCCCCUCAGGAGGUCGCCGAUAUCGGCACAGAAUCUCGGUCGAUCCGGACGGGGCUUCUUGGUUUUUCUCCCCAUCGUAAGGAGAGUUGUCUGGGGCUUGUUGGGGGGUGUUGUACCCCUAUGUUCAGCAGGAUUAGGGCGUUUUUCGUGCCCGUUUGUCAGAGCUCAAGCAGAGAGCGACCGUUGCCGUCGGAUGCUAGCUCCGCCCCCUCAAUUGUAAUCUUAACGGCCAAAAACCAGUGAUCAAAAAACUAAUCUUAUAAUCUUUUUGUAUUUGUUUUUCCACAAACACGCUAUUUGUCCGAAACACUAUAUAUGUCGUCCGUACAAUUAAUUAUUUUACUUUGCACGGAGGGAACUACCAGAACAUGGCUCCAUCCUUCUAAUAUUUAGAAAUAGGAGCCAUUGGCAACUUGUUUAGUAUACAUGCCCCUACUUGCGUCAUUGCGGAUUUAACCCCUUAAGGACACAACUUCUGGAAUAAAAGGGAAUCAUGACGUAAAUUUCCAUCUUGUGUCCUUAAGGGGUUAAUCUUCCUUAUUUACUAAAACUAAGGAAUUUUUACUUAGUAUUAGUAAAGCUGUCUGAAAGACCAAAAUUCCAAAAAGGAAGAUCUUUUCAUAAUUUUAGUCUUCUUAUUAGAUAGCUCUCUAAUCCUUGUGGGAUUGCCAUAAUGAUACCAAAAAUGAGCCAUCUACUAAACAGGUCCCUAGUUUGCUACCCUUAAAUAUGGCAAUCCUAUGGCAAACAACAUAUCACUGAAUAUUUUAGUGAGAUGCACCAUAAAGUCUGGAUAAUUAUUCAACCGUGUUCAUAUAAGUUAUAAAGUAAAUGAAGGGGAGACUGGGAAUGAUAUUGAAUAAUAUACCCGUUACUGAAUUAUAAAGAUAUCGUGAUGCCAAAAAUACCUUGAUUCAAUGUUCACUGAAUAUAUAAUACUGUUCUUUCCCACGAAGAUACAAAGUAAUCUAAGAAAGGGGUGUAAUCAAAAUAUGUUUCAGCAAUGACGUCGACAGGGAAAUAUGAUAGGUUGAAGCCGCUCCGGAGGCUGAACCAAUUACUGAAAUAUGAUGGGCUAAAGCCAAUUUGAAGGUGGGAUCGAUCACCUUUAUAAACCAGAGACUUUCAGUCUGAAAGUAUCUUCCCUGACGAAGGUGCUCUCUUAGCACCGAAACGUGGGUCGGGAUACUUCUUUUUCACAUCACCUACCACUAUGCACUACUUUGUUCACUUUACUUUUUGUUUGGAAUUUUUAUCAAUAACGAGGAAGAGGAGGUUCUAAUGAAGAAUCAAUAGAUGGUUGGAGAAUGUAGACUAUAGUUAUCUAGCUGCAGCUACAGCGAUAUCUAACUUAACCAGAACCCACAAAGGUGUCAUAGGGACAAUUUAGCCGAUGUUGCCGCAAAUUCAGCCGCGUGCACAGGAAGAUUAGCAUAUACAGCUCACUGGAGGAGGAGGCUAUAAACAUAGUAACCCUAUGAGGAUAAUAGCUCUUUAGACAUCCUUAGCCUCGAACAGCUUCUGUGGGAUUUUUGCUAUGUAGGCGAAUUAUAUAUGCUAUAAGAAUUUUUAAAAUGUAUUCAUGUUCCAAUCCUCUGGACAUUUGAUAGUAUGGCGCCCCAUUGACUACCACUAUAGCUAUUCACCCUCUCUGAUCUAUAUUGUCCCAUAUUUUAUUUUUUCAUCCAUUUACUGGAUAUUACAUGUUCCUCCAUUUUUAACCAUGUAACAUAUUUUCUUAAGACGUGAACAAUAUACCCCCCAGUGUUGCUUUGAGUCAGUCAACAGAGGAGUGUAGUGAAACUCUCCCUUAUUAACCCAAUAGUACAGCAGUUUGGAACUAGACAAUUAACUUUAAGUCUAAUCAAACUAUAUACAUAUAUAUAAAUAACUUGGGAGUUUUCUUUUUACUCACUAAUGUUUGACAAUUAAGAGACCUCAAGCUACCGACUGCAACAUCAUUAUUAUUUUUGCACUCUACUAGUAUGCGGAUAGGACUACCUUUAGGUAAUACUUUUUAUGCAAUAAUAAUAAAGCCUGGUGGUUUACCAACUGGAUAAUUUACAAACCUAUCCAUUACUACUUAGUAUUCAUUUCCCCGUUAAGUGUUAUAUGUUGUAUUCACUUUUAUCAGCCUGUUUAACCUAUUAGUACCGAAGAGGAAUCUCUCCGAGGAGAUUUUCCUUAUUCUCUUUCUACGUAACGUUUCUAGGAUUCAUGCCCAGACUGAGUGGGUACCACUUACACAGACCACCCGUGUUGGGAACAUUUCUUUUGUUUAAUUAACAAACAGCUGAAAUUCAUUUUGGACAAAACUACAUUUUUUGUUUCUUCAUCCGAAUGUAUUCGGAGGAAACAAAAAUGUCAGAAGUGCCAAAGUCUACAAAUUACUGAUACAACUUUUUUGUUGUCCCAUGCUUGUUCUAGACAUUCAUUAACUGGAGCAUACUUGGACAGAGCCUCUUUCUUUCCCAGAAGGAGUGUUGUGUGGCUCCAUUGUCUGUCUCUACCAAUCGUAACCAUUUCUACUAAUUACCUAUAUUCCUAAGCAUAUAGAGUUCAUAUUUAUAUUGAUAAAAUCCAGUCUAAAGCAUUACACAGUGAAUUCUUGAAGCUCAGCAUUCUAUUUUGCCAUGGUAAAUUCAAGUAUAGUAGUCAUCUAAAAGUAAUGGAACAUUAUUGUUCAUGUAUCGCUUUGGUAGAAAAAAAAAAGGAAGCUGUUUAGAUAUGUCCUUCACCAUCCUUGAAAGGAUUUUAAUCAAUAUUUAUUUUAUUUUUUCAUUUCCAUACAGGUAGAGUUCGAGGAUGUGAUCGCUGAACCCGAAGGCACUCACAGUUUUGACGGGGUAUGGAAAGUCAGCAAUAGCACCUUUACAGUGACAAAGUACUGGUGUUACCGUGUGCUUUCCGCAGUCCUUGGCCUUCCCCUAGCAUUGCUAUGGGGCUUCCUAUUUGCUUGUUUAUCAUUCUGUCACAUCUGGGCGGUGAUGCCCUGUAUCAAGAGCUAUCUGAUGGAGAUACAGUGUGUGGGCCAGUUCUACGCGCUUUGUGUCCGUACUUUCUGUGAUCCUAUAUUUGAGGCUGCCGGAAAGGCACUAAGUGGAAUACGUGUGGCAAUGAGAAAGGAAAUCUGAAAACAAAAAAACUUAAACAUGCAUACCCUUAUUUCUUCCAAACCUGGUAAAGGUCAAAUUGUGGGGAGCAUGUUCUUAAAAUCCACUAUGGACCAGACACAUCAUUCAUCCCUGAAAGCCAAGCUACAUAUUGUUCUCUCCAAUGUAUCGCAGUUGAAGACAUGAAGGACAAUUGACAGAGGACAUACGUUGGUUCACUCCUUUCAUACCAGGUCAAUGGAGUGAACUAAAUGGGUUUCUCCACAAAUGGAAAUAAAUGCUCAGCCCCCGAGUGGUAUAAAUAUCACAUUUUAUUUGCAUUGCUCUCUAUGCACAAACAGCUGGAGUUUAGUGAGAAUUGGAUAUAGAUUACAGAAUACAAGGCAUUUAUCAGUACAUUUACAUAGGAAUGUCCCAGUUAUUCUAAGGAUGCAAUGAUCAACUAGGAAAGGUUAAUAGCUCCUUAAAAUCUCUAUGGCGGCAGCCAUUUUCUCUGUAGGCUCAAACCCUCUCCACAGAGAGGACAUCACAGUAUUCAAGGAAAUACAAAUUGUUUAAGUUUACGGCUCUUCUCUUUUGUAUCAUACAGAUAGGGUACACACUGCGGCGCAAUAAAAACACCCCAAGCAGGGAAUUAUGGGUUUACUGACGACUAAAUAGCCCAAGUGUCAGAAUAAAGCACAGACGACAUAGCAUUGCAGAGAUGGUGGCUGCAAGGACAGGAGGACAUACAGCAACAGACGUAUUAAAAUAUCUAAGCAAGGGAUUGAAGCAAACCACAAGAGCUGACAAUCAUGGGACACCGAGCCGUCUUUUGUGCCAUUAAUGUGGGAAAGUCUGCUAACCCAUAAAUUGCCUUGCAGAUCAGAAUGUUAUUUUUUUUGAAAAGACGGGAAAUAAACAUAAAACCAAACAAAAAAAAAAAAAAAAUAUUUCGUAUUGUGGUAGCUUUUUUUGCUGGUGUUGGUAACAGUGACCUCUCAUGGGAGUAAAUUGUAUUACACUUUUUUUUUGGAAAUUGAGAAAAUUUUCACUGAAAAUAAACACAUUUAUUAAUCACAUAGAUUUUUAUGUGAUUUUACCUAAACACAUGGGAAAAAAACUGCAGUAUUUAUUGCAUGGGAUAAAACAUAAAUGGCACGAAUGAAUCAGAAUUUGAACAGAAGAACAAAUAGGACCAUACACAAUUCAUAUUUAAUGUUUUGAGGCACGUGAACUCUGACCUAUUCAUAAAAAAUGUGACACAAAUUUUAAACCUAUAAUAUGAUCUCCAAACGUUAAUAGUGACAAAACAGUCAAUACACCACUUUCACCAUGUUACGUGCAGUGUUAACCAGCUGCCCAUGCAUAUUCAUUGACAAUUCUCUGAUGAAAAAAAAAUGAGUAUAUCAAUUUGGUGGGGUACAGGUGUCAUAUCUUAACUCCCAUCGCCAGACCUAGAUAACAGUACUAAGAUAUGGACAUAGUGUUCCUUAUAAUAGAUGACACACUAGGUGGAAGGGUAAAUGGAUUCCAAAAACUGCUAAAACAAAGGAAAUUAAAAAUCAAUAAUAGAAUCUCAGUUUAUUAAUGUUUUCAGAGGGAGAGCUGUGCUUAUCAGAGAAUGGUGUGAUUUGUAGUUCCAUAGCAGUAGCAGUUUUUUCAUGAAAAGCAGUUAAAUAAAAUACAGUGUAACAUCUGUUAGCUUUGCCAAGUAAAUUCAUUCAUGAUCACUACUGCUGUACAGGCUCUCUCAUGCAAGGCUAUGGAAGAGAACACACAAAUCUCCUUAUGAUGUGUACAUUCAUAGGGAUGCUCGUUGUUACAGUUUGCUACAGCACUACUCAAUAGGAUGAAGGACAACUGAGGAAUGGGGUUCCACCACCAGAACCUAGUCAAUGCAUAGCUGGCUUCUGUGCUUGGAGGUUCCGUUUAAAGUCUAUGUUCUCUCCCUAGUAAUAUUGAUAAUUUGUUGUGCUCCUUUACUUUUUUCAAUUCUAUUAAUCAUAGUCAUACUUCACACCCACUUUGAUGAUCUAACUUCUUCCAAGUGGCCCUAAAAUCCUAACAUGUAGGCACCUAGGCCACUGCAUCUCAAUGAAGUGGUCUGUGUGCCCUUUUUACCCUGAAGCUGAAAAUAUUGGAGUUCUCUAGGAUUAACCUGCUUUUAGUAGGCGUCAUACUGAAAAUCUAUAGUCGCUACAGUAAAAUAAAAAGAGUAAAAUUCUACUAUUUUUUCAAGAUGGUCUCAGGAAACCUACAGGAGGCAAUGAUUGGCACAGCGCAGUGUUUUGCCGGGCAUGCACAUUAUGGGAAAACAUUGGUUUGGCUGAGAUCAUCAACAUGAGCUCAGCCAAUGAGGUGGAGUUUAAGCAGGGAGACCGGCGCUGCCAGGGCUGAAAGGUAAAUAAAUCACCUUUUUAAACUCCUGCAGCACUGGCCCACUCACCCAAAUGAUGACUAGGGCACUAUAGUGUUAGGAAUACAUAUUUGCAUUUCUAACGCUAUAAUGUUCCUUGAAGUAAGUAAAUUAGACAUAACAUUUCUACAAAAUAUUCUAUAUCCAAGAAUGCACAUAUAUAUAUAUAUUUAAUAUACAUAAUUAAUAAUGUAUUAUUUUCUCUAACCUCUCCAUCUUCUAUAGGCAGAAGCAAAAAGCCAGAACCGACUUGUUUUGUUUAUAUUGGAGGAUGAAAGUUAAACUGUCUGACAGUCAAGCAGCUGGAGUUUUGACACUGUAGGUGUAAAUCACCGGGCCAUAAGCAUCCUGUCCAAAGUGUCUGCAUAGCAUGCUGCAUGCUGGGUGCGCUGACACUAGAUGCAAAAGUUGCACAAAACUGAAAUUGCCAGUUUGAUUGACAGCCAGGCAGCCGGCCUUAGACACAAGAUUUUUUUUUUUUUUUUUAUUAUCUCCGGAAUAAAAUACUUUUUAAAAGAAAGGUAGCAGUGGCACGGCCACCGCACCACAUCCACUUCAGUAAGAUGAUAUAGUUAUGGUACUCUAAGUGACGGUACUUUAAGUGUAAGUGGUUAAAUGCUCCAAUAAUUUUAAAACAGCAAGAGUUGCAUUGUUACUUGUCUACUAGCCUUGUUACUUUGAAACUCUUUUUGUAGGCAAACUGAAUACAGAGUGACUGCUAGGGAUAAUUUCACUAGAAUUGAGGAACGAUUGAACUUUGCUUAGCAUGAACUACAGGGAAAAAAUAAAUGUAAUAGAUACUAUAUUGUUCUUUCAGACCGUAGUCAAUUACAUAACCAGUAUACGUUGCUCGAGGAAUAAACACUGAUGGGUAUCCAAUGGCUGCCAAUCAAUGGUAAAUGUGGUUAUUUUAGAAUGAAUACAAAACCAUUAGACAUGUUUAAACAUCUUCUUCGCCCGAUUGAAUCUGUUUAUUUACUGGACAUAUAUCCCAACAGAAUAAUUCUCAGUGAAAAUUUCUCAAGUUGACUAAUCCGAAGUUAAGAGGUCCAAAAUACACUGUUAAUUCAGAUUGUAAAAAUGUUAGUAGAACGGAUAUGUACAAGAGUGGUAUUAACAUAUUUGAUUAAAAAAAAAAACGAGUAAUGUCCCUUUCUGAUGUCAAAAUGAUUCUAACCCACAGCAUCUAAAGUGGUGUUCACGUAUUGAUCAACAGUGGACAUUCUGCACACGGUGCAGUUAAGUCCAAGGCAAACCUUUACAGAAGAAGACAUGAGGAAAUUACGAAAGCAUGGGAUUGUUAAGUCAGUAACUUGCAGAAACUCUGGAACUGGACGUUACUGCACAUGUAGCUAAAAAAUUGGGUCCUUAUACUACUAGCUAUCUCUGCUCUAAACUCCAAAUUGUUCAAUGUAGAACAUUUUCAACUAGAAGCAUGCCUUUCUUUCCCCUGACAUUUAAUGCAGGGUGUCUAUGCUGGCUUUGUUGGGUGGUCACAAGAUGGGGUCCUGGAAUGUAUAAUGUAAAUAUACUGUGCUUCUACAGACAGGCAUCUUCCUGGUCUUGUUCGUCUUUGUAAGCAGUAGUACUUAGGAGCCUGGUCUUUUUGAAGGAGUUCAAUAACCAACAGAUAAGAUGAAUGAUUGCAAUGAACCUGGUGCCAAUGCUGACUUCAGUAAUGAACAGGUUUUGCUUGGGAACCCCAGUUCUCUUCACUCCCAUUUUGGCUUGACCGAGGCCUUUUCUGCUGGUUCUUUUGGGGCAGUAGAAGGCGAGAGGAGCCCCAAGCAGAAAGACGUAACUGUGCUUAUGUUAAUGACAGCAACACACACGGAUAAUAACAAACGCUGUGCGGGGGGAAGCAUGGGAAAGACAAUAUCCUUUAAAGGACUACUGUUCCGUACCCAUCCAUAAAUUUCCAAAUGACAAUUCAAAUCUCCUGUCCACAUGAUCCUUGUGCUCUAGGAUGAGGGAGAGCAGCCGACUUGAAAGAGUGAAGAGCAAUCCUGUAAGGAAUAAUUGGGUCUCUCUUCUUGUCCUACUCCCCAACUGUAAAUGAGAAAUUUAACUUCAUCUCCGGCCCCCAAAAACAGCUCUUCCCUGGCCUCCUUUCUUCCCUCCUGCCGGGCUGCCACGAACUGUCUCGAAGGUACUGGUUGUGCUAGGUUUUGUUUCUCGUGGUUUCCCCGCUUUGAUGGCAUCACCAGGCUCUUCCGGUCCUGUCUGUCUUAAGGCUGCUUUACCCAGCAAUUCCUUGAAGACGCUGUCCAUGUUUUUCGUCACAUUCUUUAAGAAGGUAAAAAAAAGGAUAUUAGUGUUUUUUACAGAAAGGAGGGGAUAUGUCAUUACAUCUUCACCUCUCUGUUAGUCCCUUGAGAUCAAGCCACAGGUGUUUCUGGAAUCUAGGAACUAAAUAAACUAUUAUUUCCUGGGAGGGAGGAACAGGCGGGGUGGACAGGUGGGACAUAAUAUUUUACCUAAGUGCUCCAAGAGUGGAUUUCCAGAGAUAAUGGAGUCACACAGGUAUAUGGUUCAUAGUCAGGGGUUCCUACUGUUGUCAGUUAACCACCCAAAUCCCUUUCUCUGUUUUAUCUUCUCACACUACGUUAUUGCCUUUUUUUCUCUUAUUUUUAAUAUUUUGCUAGGCUAUUGUUAGUCCUUCUGAUAAAAUAAUAGCUUGUUAGAUUUGGAGGUCUAUGACAUUGGCACACUUUGCUUGUUUUGUGAUUCAUAAAGAAUUUAAAAAAUAAAUAUAAGACCAAGUGAACAUCAACCCAAAAAGUGCACAGGUCUUGCACUGAUGCCUGGGGUGUCCCCGAGGGACAAUGGGUAGUGGGUGAGCUUAUUAGAAUACCUUCUCCAUUAUACAUUGGUACUAAUGAUAAUACAUAUGCUCAUAUACAUUUUGUAACGGGCAGUUCUGAUAUGGUAGCAACAAACACAUGGAGGCAUGCUGUUACCCUCUUACCUUGUCCACUUCAAUUCCAGGACGAUCACCUUGCCAAGAUUUUGCCAUAGAGAUUCCCUUUGGCAUGCCAUCCAGAAAGUUUCUUCUGUCUCCUGCUACUGGGGACAUCCUGCAGGUCAAGUAACAGUUUUAUCAACUCUACAGUGAUUCUACUCUUGUUUACACUAUUAGAAGCCCUAUGGCCCUCAUCUCCAUGUUAAAGACAUGCAUUUUCCCAUUUUUCAUCUGUCUGGCAUGUUUUGUCAAAAUGCUCUCUUCUACAUUUCAAAUAUUUAAUUCUGUGGACCUCUUUUCCUCCAAACUCUGAUUUACCUUUCUAAGUGUCCCAAAAGUCGCUGAGGUCCAGGGUGGGUGAUGGCAAAAGGAAGUCGGGCAGUUUCUAUGAUCUGGUAGUUCAGUUUCCGCAUUGGGCUCCCCUCAUUUCGCUUUUGCGGAGAGCAGGCACUGUCUGAGUUUACACGUAACCUGAAGAGAUAACCAUAUUAUUACAGGAUAUAUGUCGAAAUCUAUUUCAUUGUAAAUUUGCUUAGAGAAUAAGCUGAUUAACUUCUAAUUUUAACCUUUGUUUAACCAUAAAUAAAAGCCAAACACCUCCCUAGACUUCAGAAUGUUGUUGACUACAAUUCAAUAACAAGAACAUUGAGCACUGCAGCCUUUCCACACUAAUAUAUUCCAUAGAACACCAAAGAUGAUAGUUGGUUAUCAAUUCCAUCCGCAUAUCAUCCUCAUCAGGAGCUAUUUCAUUAUGAAUCUCUCCCAUACCUGGGCUCUAGGUUGAGCUCCUCAGGUGUACGUGCUGUACCAGGCUCCACCUCCUUCCUUACUCCACGUUGCUCAAGUCGCUUCUCAGCCCUACAAUGCACACAGAGAAACACCAUGUACCAAUUUCUAUGUCAUAGUCUCAAUGGCCAAGAAAUUCAGUUUUAGUGUUAAAAAUGAUUACUCAUAAAGUAUUGGUCUUUCCAACAUUAAAUUGUGAAAGUCCUUCUUGGCAGUGCAUAAAGAAUAUAUUUGCCAACAAGAGCAUCUUUGUGACACCCUUCAGAGUCCACUGUAAGAUGCUUUCUUGGCAUUCCUUGAAGAUUUAUCGCUGCAAGACCCUUUUCAAGAAAAAGUAUCACAGUUUGAAUCCUUACUAUGGAAAACAUUUACAUAACUACAAGAGGUUUCCUCACAGUCAAAAUAACAUGCAGAUGCUGGCUACAAUAUUAAUAAGGGGAAUGAAAGAUCUGUGAUGAAGAAAAAAAGGAAAGUUGCACUUUUUUAAUUUUGAAAAAAAAAAAAGCGUCUCGAGCAUAUGAUAAUAUUAUGACAAAAUAUACAUUGUCAGUACAGUUAUCUCUCUGGUGACCUGAUCGUUAAUAUGACUUUAUGGAUGACAAAAUGUCAUCUAUUGAAACUUAAAGAAAGGAUUCUUUACAAUUACAAAAAUAUAUGAAUUUGGCAUUUUCUGCUUUGAGGGAUUAUUUUAUCAUAUUUAUUAUAUACCUUUUAAAAAGGUUUGGAUCAAAAUCAUAUGUUUGGGAUUAGUGAUGUCCCGAACGGUUCGCCACGAACGGUUCGCCGCGGACUCAUCAUUGAGUAAACUUUGACCCUGUACCUCACAGUCAGCAGGCACAUUCCAGCCAAUCAGCAGCAGACCCUCCCUCCCAGACCCGCCCACCUCCUGGACAGAAUCCAUUUUACAUUCAUUGUGAAGCUGCAUUCUUAGUGAGCUGUCCAGGAGGUGGGAGGGUCUGGGAGGGAGGGUCUGCUGCUGAUUGGCUGGAAUGUGUCUGCUGACUGUGAGGUACAGGGUCAAAGUUUACUCAAUGAUGAGUCCGCGGCGAACCGUUCGGGACAUCACUAUUUGGGAUUAUAAAAGCUAAUAGGGCAUUAAUAGUUUGUUGAGCCAAGUAGAAAUCUAAUUUCCUUUUGGAUUUAAGAAGGAUAUUUGGUUUUUUUUUGUGACACAGAUGGAAAUUGUUUCAAAUUGAGUUAGAGUUGGAAAAAAGCAAGAAGAAUGAAUUUAGGGAAGGUGGAAGUCAUAUAAUUAUAGAAAUACCUCCCUAGAACUUCUAAGUAAGAUUACUGCCCAGUGAGUAUGACCUUUCCUAGCCAUAACAUUCAUCAAACCAGUUCUAAGAUAUCAAACUGUUUUGGAACCAGGACAUGUCUGUAAGCCAAAACAUCUCCAUUACUCCUAAUCACUGAUCGAAAAAAUCUGUAAACAUCUUCCAACUACAACGCAUUCAAGAGAGCUUUUUCCAACCAUAGAAUAUCCUUACAACCACUUACUAGCCAGGACAUCAAUGAGAUUCAUUUGCAGUCAAAGCAUCUAUGUGAAUCACUUUCACAGCAAAUGAUCUGUGGCCUGGAAUAAGCAGGUAGUCAACUGAAACCAACAUUUUCUCACCCUUCGGGAACAUUGACAUAUUUGUGAGGAAUAAGACCUCGAAUCCCUCCUGCUUCCCCUCUCCACCAGUCCCCGGAGGCUUUAUUAUGGAGCAGCAAUAUGUCCCCCUUCUUAAAGGACAGUUCAUGGGGAGACCGAGCCAUGUAAUCAAACCUUGCAACUGCCUCCACAAAGUCCACUUCUGUGAAAGUUAAAAAAAAAAAAACCAGUAGAAGUAAGUUCACGAUACGAUGGAAACGACUAUUUGAAGACGGGAGGAAUGGGAAAAUAAACAUGCGCAAAAAUGCAUAAGUCUACAUUAAUCUUAACUGAAAGUUAAGAAAUAAAUGUUUAUAUAAAAUGAAUACCCUGCAUCGCUAGUGUUCUAUAGACUUUUCUCUGAUUAUACAGGGCACACUAUAGGCAUUCUUCUUCUCUAAGGCAUUACACACAGACAGAGUUUCACAAAAAGUCACAGAGAGAAGUUGUAAGACAGAGAAGAUUAUAUAAAAUGAUAUAUCAUUUUCUGACCUUCUUCUCCGACAGUCUCUGACUGCAUCUCUUGAUCAUACUCUUCUGCAGUGGGUUCCAAGGUCAAUGGAUCACUAAAAAGAAAGUGUGCAUAGCAAAGUCAAUAAUAAAACCCAUACAGACUAUUGGUGUUUAUUAUUGGUGACGUCGCUUACGGAUAUAGGAUCUCUGUGAUUAAUACAUUUAUAUACCAUAUAGCUGACACGACUUGAUAAAGGCCACUGCGCUUGGCUGAAAUGCUUUCAUGGAAUUUCAGUCCCUAUAAAAGUCUUUAUUGUGUGCCCAGAUUUUUCUUACUGUAUUCAAGUGAUUAUUCAAAGAUUGACCACCCCCUGGGUUUUGGAGCACCAAUAUAGUAUUGUAAUUUAGUCUGGAAAUGGUGGAAGGCCCUAUCUUAUGUCUAACUCCAACUCACGUCCUAAUUCUUGAGACAUAAGGCUGUAUGUUUUCAGUUAUUGUUAAUUAUUACCUUAUUCUAUGUUAAACAAUUGUAAAGCCACACCAAUUUCCAGAGCAUACAGAAUAGGUAAAGAAAUACAGAAUAUCAAAAAAGUAUUAAAAAUAUUGGAAGGUAUUAUUGUUAGGAAGUGUCAAAACUAGGGACUUAUAACGCCAAAGCUAGAUAGAUACUUUAUUCAUAAUGAUCAAAAUGUAAGACCAAUGAAUCAACCAUACUUACAUUUAGAUUUUUUUUAAAUAUAACAUUUGUGAAGACCUGUCAGCGCUAGAAUGUUGCUACUUUCCAUGCAUGCAAGUUUAAGCUGCAUUGGUGCCCCCUCAUCUGAUGGCAGCCCUCCCCACUUGGUAUACAUUUUGGCUCAGCCUCACCUGUAGUCAUCAUCCUCUUCCACUGUCAUGCAUUUCUCAUACACUGGACCCUCCAGUUCAUUUGGCCCGGGAAAAAUCCUCUCCUGGUAAAUGAUAAUGGUUUUCACAACCUCAUUAACACGAGCUUGGACAGAGACUGGAUCUUGUCCUUCUGGAAUGGAGACCAGAGUUGGGCCAAAGCACACAGCCAGGUUAUAUGGAUCCAUCAUAUUCUCAUCACUGUAGUGGGACAGACUGUGGAAUCAUAAAGAAUAGAUGGUUAAGACUGUCCCUCCAUUGUAUACGCAUAUUAUAUCCUAGUUAAAGCCAAACCCGGGUUCAAUACAUUGAAAUAAUUUAAAGAUUUUUAAAGGCUAGGUACCCCCGGAAAUAUUUUCCAUCAAAAAGUUUAAAAAAAUGACACAGUUGUUAACUGGAUCACCAAGUUAGGUGCAGAACUAAUUUAAAACCACCAACUUUUAACUCAGAAUAACACUGAUUGAAUCACUAUUUAUCUAAUAUUAUAUAUUGUUUUAUUUAAGCUUAAUUUGAAAAGUUGCAUUCUAAAAUAAAAUGUAGCUUUAUUCAACUCAGCUCAUAAACUGGCUCAUCCCUCUUUUUGAAGAACCUUUUUGUUUUUCCUGCAGAAAUUCUGCUUGUCUGAAUUCCAUUCAAUACAAAUGUUCAAAAACAAAGAUGGACAAACAAGUUCCUCAUUAAAUCCCCCUCGCCAUUGUUGUGGUUGAGAAGGGUGUUAAAAAAUGAAAAUGGGCUAAGGUAACUUUGAGGAGCAAUAUUCUGCUUGUAUAUUUUGUACGCAUUGUCUUGAGAGUUAGAAGUCCUGUUUUCUUCACUUCCUCAAAUCUUGUGGAACUUCUUGAGAUAAUAUAUUAAGGAAGUAUAAUAUAGAAGAUUGUACUGUGACUUUCAGUGGCUGAAAUAUGUCAAAGAACUGAUUAAAUCUCACAUAGAAAGUAGAACUAUAAGCCACUGACGUUCCACGAAUUACUCACUGAUUUAAGAAGGCAAAGAGGUAUCGGAGAACUAGAGUUACAGGUGGAGGGAGUUGUGACACCAGUUUCUUGAGGUGGGCUGCCCUGUCCUGAGCAUUCUCAAGUUCUGUAGAUAGAGAUAAAAAGUGAGUGCACUGUCUGUAAUGCAGUAGAUAAAAAAAAAAAAAAAUCACAAUCCACAAAGUGCUAUAAUUCUGUUCAAUAGAAGUUUAUAGUUUGCACAAAAUUCUCAUUGCUUAAAGUAAGCAUUUAGAUCACUAUCCCCACAGUGUCACAUUCUAGCACUUCCAAGUCAUUUAAACAAUAUAGUAUUUUUGCAUACUUAGACUGUAUAUAAAAAAAAAUCUUUAAUAUAGCAGUUUCUAAGAUGCUAAUUAAACAGUACAUAUUUACAAUUGACAACUUUGUCACAAAGGUUUUUGUCCAAGCUACUAAUAUUAUCACACUGCUACAAAGCAUCCACUCUGGUAAUACCCACAGUCGGUAUAUCACUGGGGCCUUAAAAUACCAACAUAUGUCCACGGUCACUCCAGCAUUUAAUGUCUGCACACUACUGAUGGUUGCUACCAGUGAAACUGUCCGUGUUUCAGUGCUUGCCAGUUGUGGCAUUAACAGAAGGCAGCAAAAACUGUGUUUUCACCUUUAUUACCAUAACACCACCACUAGGACACAAAACAAACUUUGAAAAGCACAUGCUUACUUCACCAGGGAUUGGCAAAGCAGGCUGGUCAUUGAUGUUGUGGUUAUACCUAUGGUAUGCAUCGUUGCAAAGAGAAGAGUUCUCGUUAAUGAGAAGAGUCCUCACAGCGAGGAGAUUCUCUUGGCACUCAAAUAGCGUAAGUUUAAUUCAUAUUAACCCUUUUAAUGUGCAAAUAAAGGGGGGGGGGUAAUUUAUUUAUUUUUUUAACUCUUCCACAGCUCUAGGUUUGGUGAAUAGUUCCCAUAGUUUUGCCACUAUACAUCACAGAUAAGGCACAGAAAGAGGGUAUAUUGGCAUGAAGCAGACAGAUAGCAAAAAGAUAUACGAAUCUGAAUGUUGUGGUCUGUCCCCAGACAGACUUUGCUAAAGUAUAACGUGUCAGAAAUUCAAAGUGAAUUAAAAUCUUUAGGUCGGAACAGCACAACUUAAAAAAAAACAGCUGACUGCAAUUUAUGGGGGGGGGGUGGGUUUGAUUAGUGUAGUGUGAACCCCAAAUUAUGCAAUGAAUACUUACGAAUACACGAUAGCAGGUCGUUGAACAUUUCAUUCGGGAAGAGGGGCUUCUCCAGACCCCUGAAAUAAAGCUUCAACACGCCGGCCACAGAAUCCACAUCGUGACCAGUGCAGCUGUCAUCCAGGGGGUCCUCACCUACACAAUGCAGAAAAUGUACUUGUUUUUUGGCACUACACCUUUUCCCCACUGGUUGGUCAGUGACUUUUCUUAGUUUAGUUACUUACUAUCAUUGCAACCCAACUCUAGGAAAAAUCUUUGCUAAUUGUAUUUUUAAUGUCAGGCUGCCUGCCAUCCAAGACCUAACCAGUAGAGGGCACAUAAGGGACAUCGCCCAAGAAAUCUUAUUGUGAAGUUUCUUACAAAAAAUAAUAUAUUGUGUGUCAGAGCACUAUUAUGUUAAAGUCUAAUAAAUAAACAUUAAUGAAUAGAGCAAGGACACAAAGGAAAAUAGAGUCUGGAUACACAGCGGGCCAUAAAUAGUUCCGAAAGAGAUUUUCUAUAGCAUCAAUCUGAAUAUAUUUUAUGGUAUGUUUUAAUAUUUUCAUUCCUCCACUAAAAACGGUUGGCAGCCUUAACAAAGAAAGGACUAACUAAAUUAAUAAAUUAAUUUUUUUUAAAGUCCUGUUUUAAAAUCAAGUCAAACCAGAGGCUGAUUUUUGCAAUGAAUUAACUAUUUCUUGCAUUAAUGGUUAAGGAUAUUAUAACAAUGUACAAAGUGUCACCGUUCAUCAAUGAAUUUUGAAACUAAGAUAUAACUAAGAAUAUCAACCUAGUAUUUACCAUGAGACUGGAUUUUUACUGGUAUAUUCAGGCUAUUGGAAUAAUAUGCAAGGGAUAAAUUAAAAGUUCUAAUGAUCACAAUAUCAUAUGGAGGGAUACUUUAUCACAGAGUUAACGCAAUUGGCCCCCAUGGGUUUAUUUAGGAUCACUGACCUCUUUCAAAAGCACUGCGAAUUUCGUUCACAUGAGCCUGAGAUCCUGGGACACGAAAAAUACCCUCAUGCUGUAAACCUGGAAGAAUUCAAAUAUCAUUAAUAUUUUUUAAGAUUCGUAGAAGGAGUGCAGAAAAAAAAAAAGAGUUGUAGGGGCAUACAUGAAGUACCUGUAGUCUAACAACAGCAAGAUGGAUGGAAGUAAGCAAGCAUAUCACAAUAGGGGUACUUAUCUAUUAAAGGGAAAGCUGUACAAAUAACAAACAAACAAAGCUGUAUUCCUGGCACUAUCUCCCCCUGCCUCCCCCCUCCCUGGCGCCCUCCACCUCUGGUAGACAGCCACUGUGGGCAGACUCAGAGCUGCAAUAUAAACAUUGCAGUUUUCUGGAACUGAAAUGUUUAACAUUGCAGCACUAGGUGCAAAAGGAACACUGCACCCAGACCACUUCAAUAAGCCGAAGUGGUCUGGAUGCCUACAGUGUCCCUUUAAAGAGGAAUGGUCCCUUUGCCAUCACUAAUUACAUCUUGGCAGAAAACACCGAAAACCACUCAUAAUGUGUGUAAAUCCUUUUUUCAUGUUAUGCUCUGUUUUCUUUUAAAUUUAUAUUAAAGAUUUAGAAAAUUACAUCAUAAUCCUGUUCAGACAAGGCACAACCAGGGCAAACAAUGCAAAUGAAUGAGCGAAACAGACACAUUGUUUCAUUUCUCCUCUUCUCUGUAUACUUUCUCUAUACUGACUGCCAGGUGCAAAGGGGAGAGCUUGUAACAAUGACUGACAGGGAGCUAAGAUGGAGGCACCCAGUUUCAGGACAAUCAUUUAAUUUUAACACCUCGUUAAGACAUACCUAUUAAAUAUAGAGGAUAAAUAAAGAUAAUAUUACAAAUCCUGAGAAGUGACAGUUCUAUUCCACUGUGUUCAGAAUUCAAAAAAUACAGUAAAGGCAUCUUCUAGGAAGAUUUAAUCUAACCUAUAGCAGGGAGGAACUUAAAGGAGCACUAUAGUGCCAAGAAAACAAACUUGUUUUCCUGGCACUAUAGGGUCAUUAGGUUAAAACCCCUUCAGCCACUUACCUUUCUCAAGCGCCGGGCUCCCUCUGUGCUGGGGAACUCUCCAUCCCCUGCCGACGUCAGAUCCGAAUGCGCAUGCGCGGCAAGAGCAUUUAAACAGCCCAUAGGAAAGCAUUACUCAAUGCUUUCCUAUUGACGUCCAGCGUCUUCUCAUUGUGAUUUUCACAGUGAGAAUCACAGAAGUGCCUCUAGCGGUUGUCAGUGAGACACCCACUAGAGGAUGGAUUAACCUUCAGUGUACACAUAGCAGUGUUUACCUUCAGUGUAAACAUUCUCUGAAACUGCUAUGUUUACAGCUGCAGGAUUAAACCUAGAGUGACCUGCAACCAGACCACUUCAUUGAGCUGAAGUGGUCUGGGUGCCUAUAGUGGUCCUUUAAAAAAUGUGGGUUAUUUUUUCCCUAUAGUUUAUUAUCUCCUAGUAUAAUUCCUCAAAAGAUUUAUUAACACACACCUUGUAGUUUACAUUCACUUAAUGGUUUAUGUAGAAUGGAAAUUCGAAUAAAUAAACAGUAACGUCUAAAAUGUAUUCUUUUCUUAAAAGACACUAUUCUUAUAAUGUAACGAAAAAACAUGGACCUUUAUAGAGAGUCGGGGAUUUAUUUUAAACAGAGUUGUAAAAGAUACAGUCCUUUACCAUUUUUUACAAACUUGCUUACCAUGCAGAUUAAUAAACCGAAUGCAACUGGACACAACGCGAGGAAUGGAUUCUCCAGAACUCUGCAGGUUGUCAAAAAAGAAAUUUAAAAAAAUAAUCAGAAGUCACAUAUUACAUACGGUCGUUCAUACUGACUAACUAACACCUAUAUAGGCUAGCUACAGAAAUAGGGAGAUUGUGUUAUGUUGUUAUAUUGAUGGCUACUUGAUAAGCAAAUUUUAAAUGUACAGCCUUUCUUUUUCCACUUUCAAAAUUGUGUUUGUGUAUAAGCUCUAAUCUCCUUCCAUUUUGUAAAUAAUCAUACGACUUUGCUUUACUGCACUGCAGUAAACAAGAAUGUUUUAGGAUGUUAUUUAUAUAAGGGCCGUAAAGCAAUCAAAGAAGCCCUAUUGCGACUGCUUGCCCAUAUAGGAAUCAUUACAUUAUAGCAGGGGGGGUUGAGGGUUGAGGGGGAGGUCUAUGGAUAAUUUGGUGCAAAGGGCAGCUCUUGAUAUAGACAUAUAAAUUAUGAAGGCAUAUACUAAAUUAGCCAAUCUAGUGUACUCAUUAAUCCUAAUACAGGUUGUAAUUAUCUGUUUGGGUUGGAAAUAUAAACAUCCCAGAUUUCCAUGACAAUAAUUAUUGUAUCUGCUUAUAUUACAUCUACUGGAAGUUUAUUCCAGGUAUAUGCUAUAAAACUAGUGCCCCUCCCCUCCCCCCCCCCUUAAAAGAUUAUCACAAUGACCAGAAUGUAAAUUCUUUUGCUUUAUUAAUGGAACAGACCAAUCAAUAGAAUUGCUGAUUUGUACCUGAGCGCGGGACAGAUAACGUCGUCUCCUGGUAGCACAGAGGAACAAAAGAGAGGAAAAAAAAGACAAAAAAGAAAAGGAUCUAUGAAGGGUAGCAAGCAGGCACAGGCAGCAAGGAUCUCUUGGACCCAUAAAUUAAUGCAGGGGGGGGGGGGGCAGUGGCAAAAACGGGCACUGAUCUCCAGAAUUCAGAAUUCAAUCAGUAACCAUGGUAAAUGCAGAGCUGUGCAAAAGUCUUGAAUAAGUUCACUAAGACUAUGGGGUGUCUGAUCAUCGUAAACCUGGGAUCUCUGUACCUCCAGAUGUUGUUGGACUACAGCUCCCAUAAUUCUCUGCCCAUCUACAGCAUUAACAAUGGGAAUUGUAUUCCAUCAAUUUGGAGUGGCUGAAGUUGACAACAUGACAGUAGAUGGUCAACACUCACCUAAAAAAAAAAAAGGAACGAUUUCCUUUCAGUAGAUAGGAGGGGGAAAGAAUGGUUAAAAUGUAAAGACUAAUAUAAGAGAAAAUUAAGUGUGAAAUAUGAGUAACAGAAACAAAAUAAGGGGGUACGUAAAGACAGAAGCAUGAUGAUGGCAAUAAACGAGACAGGGGUGACAUACACAAUGAGAAAGAGAUGACAUAUACAAUGAGUGAGCGUAGGGGGACACAAUAAGAAAGAGGGGUGAAACUCACAUUAAACGAGAGGGUUGACAUAGACUGAUUAAGAGAUGCAAGUGAGGUGACACAUACAAUAAGUGGCAAAACGCACAUUCACAGUGUAGCAGGUGGGUGACACAAACAGGGUUAUUUACAAAAAGUGAGAAUUCAAAGUGAAUUUUAAAUUUAAUGUCAAAAUAGCCAAUUUGGAAAAACUGUUGAAUAUGUUUUUGCCUCGGCUAGUCAGGCCUUCAAUUUGAAAAUUAAAUAUGAAUUUUUACUUUAGUAAAUAAUCCUAAUAUAAUGAGUUAAAUUAGAAUGUUGUCUGAGACUUGCUGUGUGUGUCACCCCCUCUCGGAUGAUACAGUGGGGGAGAUUUAACAAAGUUUGGCCAAGACUUUUCUAUCUAAUUUUUGGCAAAUUUAUGGUGGAGUUUUACCAACUCUGUUAGUUGUUUUCAGCUGUUGCUAUCUCGGGCACUCGCUACCAUGGCCGAAAGCCCCAGUGAGCUCCAUGAAAAGUUUGAAACUCGCAAUGAGUCCACAGGAUCAAACUCAGAAACUUAGAGAACCUCUUCUUCUGGUGUUUAACUUUGCACCAACAAUAGCUAACUAACCUGGUGGCUUAAAAGUCAUGACUUAAGUAGGUAUAUCUCAGAACAGUACCGUUCAAAAUACGAUAAGGAGGCGAGAAUACAAUAUAAAGAAUGAUAGCGGAAAUUAUUCCGGACCUAUUAUUCAGACGUUUGCACAUCUCUCAUUAGACAGGUCAUUUAAGAUGCAAAGUGUGAGCGAGUUACAAAUUUAGGGACAAUGAAAACAGAUAGCUGUAAAGAUUGGAACUUCUAGCACUGCACUGGACUCCUGCAGAUGUCUUCUUGUUAGUAGUACACAGCCCAGGCUUCUGGGAGGGAAACAUUGCAAGUUGUGUCACCAGUUAAUAUCAAGCCAGCUCAGAAAGCAAAGGAAGGUGGCAGCACAUGGGGGCAGUACCUGCACAAACUCCUCCAAAUCCCCGUUAAACAGUUUGUGGUUAUAAUGAGAUGACGGUCGUUGCCUUUUCACCCGUUGAGACUUACUGGGGCUGGAUUGAUGCCUGAAACCAACCGUGUGACACACAAUUCACACAAAACCCAGCUCUAAUUUAGCAGCACUCUCACAUAUUGUUACAAGCCAAAAAUAUUGUUGCUGUCACUUAGGAACACCAUAUUAUUGGAGAGAACAAAAUCUGAUAAUGAUCAAUUCAUUUAGAAAGUUGAGUGGGUGACAUUUUAAAAUAUUGUCUCUCAUUUAAGGAAAAAACAAUGGACAGUAAUAAAAAAAAGAAUCUACAAUAAAACUAGGCAUGCAGGGUCGUAUAAAGCAAGGCUCAAAAUGUCCAGUUGCCCACUAUUCCUUUGUGAGUGAAAAUUUAGCCCUGGAGAGUAGAAAUUUAGCUCUUUUGAGUAGUCCAUGGCCUUUCCAGUAGCUCACUUGAUGGAAUUUUGAGCCGUGCUAUUUAAAACAUCUUCAGACGAUAAUCAAAAUAAGUUGCGAAUAAAGGACAAUUGUCACCAACUAUUUUUUUAUAUAAUAAUCCUUUCAUCGCCAUGGAUCAGACAGUGUUUGAAAAUCAACAGUUAAUCUCUAAGGUCUUCAUUGCAGAGUUUGAAACAGGUUGACCAUAGAUAUUAAGUGUUGGUUUUCAAACACCGUCUACCCCAAGGUGCAUAAAGGAUUCUGUCAUACGCUGAUCAGCCACAACAAUAAAACCACCUGCCUAAUAUAUGCAGGACCUCCUCGUGCUGCUAAAACAACUCUGAUGCAUCAAGGAAUGGACUCUAAAAGAACACAAGACCAACCUGUUGUAAUCUGGCACCAAUACAUUAGCAGCAGAUCCUUUAAGGCCUGCAAGUUGCAAAGUGGGGCCUCUACGGAUCAGAUUUGUUAUUCCAGGACAUCCUACAGAUGCUCAAUCGGAUUGAGAUCUGGGGAAUUUGGAGGCCAAGACAACAACUUUAACUCUUUGUCAUGUUCCUCAAACUAUUCCUGAUCAUUUUUUGCAGUGUGGCAGGGUGCUGCUGAAAGAGGCCACUGCCAUCAAGGAACACCAUGGCCAUGAAGCGGUGCACGUAUUCUGCCACAAUCUCUAAGUAGGUGGUACUUGUCAAAGUAACAGCUAUAUGAAUGCUAGAACCGAAGGUUUCCCAGCAGAACAUUGCCCAGAACAUAACACUGCUUCUGCUGGCCUGCCUUCUUGCCAUAGUGCAUCCUGCUGCCAUCUCUUCCUCAGGUAAACAACGCGUACACAUCUGGCCAUCCACCUGAUCUAAAAGAAAACGUGAUUCAUCAGACCAGACAACCUUCUUCCAUUAUUGCUCCAUGGUCCCGUUCUAAUGCUCAUGUCCCCAUUUAAGGUGCUUUUGUUGGUGGACAGGAGUCAUCAUCUCCAUUCUGACCGGUCUAUGGCAAAGUAACCCCAUAUGUAGCAAACUGCUAUGCAUUGUGUGUUCUAAUACCUUUUUGUCAUGGCCAGCAUUAAAUCUUCCAGGAAUUUGAGCUACAGUUGCUCUUCUACUGUAGCUUCUAAGUGAUAAGACCAGACAGGCUAGGCUUCACUCCCCACGUGCAUCAAUGAGCCUUGGGUACCCAUGACACUGACUCCGGUUCGUCGUUGUCCUUCCUCACACCACUUUUGGUAGGUACUAACCAUUUUAUACUGGGAACAAUACUUGCCAUUUUGCAGAAGCUCUGACCCAGUCAUCUAACCAUCACUAUUUGGCCUGUUCACUUGCUGCCUAAUAUAUCCCACCCCUUGACAGGUGCCAUUGUAACAAUAUAUUCAAUGCUAUUAACUUCACCUGUCAGUAGUUUUAAUGUUGUGAAUGAUCAGUGUAUACUAAAGCUAAACUUGAGUUUCUAUUUUUUUUUUACAUAUACUUCAUUUAAAAAAUGAUAUUUCCUUCUAAAACUAGAUGAAAGGAUUAUCAUAUUUAAAAAAAUAGUUUUUAGAUAACAUAUGUCCUUUACGACAUAAACCUCAGCACCAUUGGAGUGCUAAACACUGUAUUUAACAUGAUUACCCAGAGGUGGGGCAGAGUUGCUGAACUUGGGGUAUACCGAGUUUCCAACAAGUUCCUCCACAUUCAACAAGUGUGGAUGAGAAGCAAUGGCAGAGGACACGGUAAGGACACUCCUAUAUUGCACACUGUUUGACUCAGUUACGUCUUUAAUUUAUAUGCUCCGGGUUAGAUUAGAUUUUAACAACCAACUUCAAACUCUUACAGAGUGAAAAUAAUAAAAUCCUUUCCAAAAUGCAUUCUGCUUAUUUCCUAUUGUAUAUUAGGUGCAAAUUAUCUUGAAAAUCAUUAGAAAUGUCCUUAUACAUCCAUUAAUAAUCAGAAUUAAGUAAAAUUAUACGUGACUAAAUGUACCAUGAGAUCUCAAAAUUGGUGGAGCAAAUUUAAAAAAUGUGAAUAAACAUUAAAACAAUUUGAAAUUUACAUAUAUGUAUAUUAUUUAUUCCCCUUCCCUCUACUGCAUCUGGAUGACAACGUAGUGGUUUAGAACUGCAACAAUUUUGGCUUGCGGGAUGUGCUGCAUUUGAGCCAUGGGUUGUUUUCUCUGCCUCUAAAAAGCCUAUAUUUAUGAUGGACUUCCCAUGAUCCCCACUUUGAUCUAGUUUUCACCACCCAUUCCAGGUCCCUCAGGAAGGUACAUACCAGGAAAUGUUAAGGUCCGACACCGCAGCUGUAAAAGAAGAAAAAGUAUUAGCUGUACAUCUAAAAAUGAAAAUAUCCCACCAUCCCCAGUAAUUCAUUUAAUAUAAAACUUACACCAUUUCCAGGUUAUAUCAGAUCAUAAAAUAACCAGGUACUAUAUCUUCUACCUGUCUUAUAGCUUUCAACUGAUCACACCAAUAGCAUGUUCUACAGCUUCUAUUUUUUUUAAAAUGACUCCAAGUUCUAAAGAUCCCACCUCAUCACACAGACUUCUGGUCCUCCGUACCCCAAGAUCAUCUGCUCACUUCUUAAGAUACAAACCUCAGGUUCUACAUAACCCAUGAUCUAGAGCAUGCUCUUAUCACAAAGAUCUCAGGUUCCACAUAUCCCAAGAUCUACAGCCCUUUCUUCAUACACAGACCUCAAGAUCCACAUAACCUAGGUUGUACACCUCCCAUGUUAUCAAACAGACAUCAGGUUCUGCAUGCCUCAAGAUCUACAGCCCAUUCUUACCACACAGACCUUUAGGAUCUGCAUACUCCAGCUUCUACUGCUCCUUCUUACCACACAAACCUUGGGUUCUACAUACUUCAAAAUCAACAUCCAAUUCUUACCACACAGACCUCAGGUUCUACGUACUUCAAGAUCUACAGCCCAUUCUUACCACACAGACCGUUAGGAUCUGCAUACUCCAGCUUCUACUGCUCCUUCUUACCACACAAACCUUGGGUUCUACAUACUUCAAAAUCAACAUCCAAUUCUUACCACACAGACCUCAGGUUCUACGUACUUCAAGAUCUACAGCCCAUUCUUACCACACAGACCGUUAGGAUCUGCAUACUCCAGCUUCUACUGCUCCUUCUUACCACACAAACCUUGGGUUCUACAUACUUCAAAAUCAACAUCCAAUUCUUACCACACAGACCUGAGGUUCUACGUACUUCAAGAUCUACAGCCCAUUCUGACCACACAGACCUUUAGGAUCUGCAUUACCCAGCUUCUACUGCUCCUUCUUACCACACAAACCUUGGGCUUUACAUACUUCAAAAUCAACAUCCCAUUCUUACCACACAGACCUCAGGUUCUACAUACUUCAAGAUCUAUAGCCCAUUCUUACCACACAGACCUCAGGAUCUGCAUACCUCAGCUUCUACAGCUCCUUCUUACCACACAGACUUCAGGUUUAACAUAUUCCAUGUUCUACACUCAAUACAUACCCCAGGAUCUAGAUCCCCUUCAUAUUUCUCAGAUGCAUCUAACACAAAUCACGGCUUUUACAGUUAGCCCUUGCCCCACACCCAUCUCGGUAGGUUUAGUAGAUUUACAGGAGACACAUGCUUCCGCAAAAUACAUGUAAUGGGGUGCCUCUGGCCAAGAAGGUACAACUCUGAGCUGAUCAUGUUAAAAAUACAUUUGAAGAUACAAACAGAUUGCUUUUAUAAAAUUAACAUUAUUAUCUACACAAGUGUGUAACAUGUGUACUGCUGAAUCGUGCAGCGUGGGUUUGGUUGUGAUGUUUAUUUUUAUCCUACCGGUGAAGAAGACAGCUGGCACACUAACCUUGAAGACAUGAUUAAAGAGAUGGUCAACCCUCUCGUGUUAAACUAAGAAUUUAAACUUGUCUAGAGAACUGUGGUUUGCUGCUGCCAUGGUUUCUCCAAGGAAAUGUUUCCCACCCAUCAAAUUAUGUAGACUGAAGAAAAUGUUUUUCAGAAGCGAGAGGCAUUGGUUUGCUAACCUAACAUCUUUUGGUUCAAGUAAAGCCAAUAAUUAUAAAGGUUAUAUACCACUUUCAUUAUGUAGGUAGAUGCCUACCACAGAGGUCUGUGAUUAGAACAAUUUCAAAGUUCUCUCCAAUUUAUGCAAAUGUUUAAAACAGAAAUAUACACCUAGACAAAAGAAAAAAAUUAUAUUCAAGGAAAGUUAUGUGAAUAGAUUGAGUCAUGAACUAAGUUACUAUUUUGUUUGUAGUGUUUUGUUUGUUUUUGUUUAAUGGUAACCAGUGGAGCUCAGUUAGACUUCCUGCCUUUCCUGUGAUGGGCAUUUUGAGAAUUUGUAGGCUUGUAGGGUUGUGUUCCAGUUACGAGAAACUCAGGCAAACAAUGAUCCCAUUAUACUGAUGAUGAACUUAAAUUCCAUGUUAAAAAUAACAGUAUAAUUUAAAGAGGAUGUCUAGGUUACAAAUGUAUAUUUUUUGAAUGCAGUGAAAAUAAAAAUAUACAUUUAUUGGGUUACCCCAACCAAAAACAGUUUUAUGAUAAAAAGUUGUUUUUUGUUGUUGUUGUUGUUAGGGAUCAAUGUUUAAACUUAUCACUUGAAAGUUAGCCUUUGCAAAGUUAACCACUGGUAAGUGUACAUGGACGCCCCAAGCUUGCAGAAGCAAGUAAAUGUUAAAGUCUGGCUAGUGGCUUAGGACUUGAAAGCAGGACGUUAAGCCCUGCAAGCUGUAACCCUUGCUGGCAUGUUCACUCAACCUACUGCUUAAAAAAUAAAAAAAAUAAAAAAAUAAAAUUACCUGCGAUUCAGCAAUCACCAGUUCUUCCUCCAACCUAAUCCUCCUUCAGUGACAUCCUUUCUUACACUAUAGAGGGAAAGGAUGUCCCUGAGGCAAGGCUAAGGGAGGACUUAGCGUUGUACGGAGGGGUGGGCCGUGCCAACAUUAAUUGUCCGUUGCCUGCAUGCUAUACGUGCUGACAACGGACAUUUAUCACGCACAGACUGCAGAUUAGCUUUCUCCAAGGUAUGUAGCUAAGCUGAUCCACCUCUUUUUGCUAAGCACUAACUUUUAAUUGUUGAUGCAGGGCAGGGUCCAAACAAAUGCUUCUCACAGAGAAGCAUUGAGCAAAAAAUUUGUAUAUUUCAAUAUUAUAACAUAAGCAUAAUUAUUUUUAUAUUUUUCAAAAUAAUAUUCCAUUUUAAAAUUGAUAUUCUUCUAAAUUAUAUUCGUAUCAUUACAUGGUCUGCUGACUGUAACAAGAUUUUAGCGCAUGCCAUCAUGGAUGUCAAAUAUUAGCAGUUGAUAAUACAUAUCGUGAAUUGAUGUCUGUGAUUUUCUCUACUGAAAUUCCAAUCUAUUAAAGGGGCAACACGUGUAGUAUAUUCUUUCUGUAUACUAUUUAGUAUAAUAUUUUUACUGCUUUAAUCAUGGUCUAAGCCUAAGGACAAAAACAAAGGAAUUCCGUACUCAUACUUUUUUUCAUACGAUGGACAAACACAUUCCUAUUUUUCUCACAGAUAAACAUUUAAUAAUUAAAAAACAAACAAAUAAAAAAAAAAGUCCCAACCACAUAUUCAUGCAUUGCCUUCUGAAUUAUGAGACGGUUUAUACCGCUCGUGUCCUUACUUGUCCGUACUUUUUGCCUUUAGAGCAGCACAAAUUCCAUAACUGAGAUUUAUGGACUUGUAGUGACAUUCCAGAGACCGAUGCCCGUGGUUCCCCUAAUUUGAGAACAAUCAGUACUGACUUUAUGAGUCUAACUUUGCCUUUUAAGAAAAGGUUUUUUUUUCAUUUGCUAUAGACUACAGAAAUGUCCUGAAUGUAAUUUGAAACUACUACAUGCCCUGUAGGCACACACUGUAAUGCUUCUGUACUCAGUAGAAUGAGUAAGAAAGAAAAAAAAAAAAAAACAUUCAGUGAGAUAUUUGUAGACAUAGAGAUAACAUCAUCACCUGGUUGACUUGCUAAUGGAAAGAGAACAAGGUGAAGAAGUAUCUUCUCUGAAUUUUUCCCCAAGCUAUGUCACUAUUUUCAAGGCCACGUAAUACAAACAUUUAGCUGCAUUCUAUCACCGAGACAGUGUCUUCAAAGCAAACCAAUCCUCCCUCACUGUCCAACCAAAUGCUUCUUACAGAGAUGCAUUGCGGAUGCAUGGGGCAUGCACAGCAAUCACCGUGACCCGCCAAUCUGACAGCCAUAAGAGGCAUGUUUUCAGCCAAACGUAAACCUUGCCAUUUCUCAGAAACGACACUGUCAGACAGAAUGGGAAGCAUCUCUGCACCAAAACCACUUUUUUGGUGAUUAAGAGUGAACCUUUAAUAUUUGCUUUUCCUUUUCUACUUAAUUAUGUUGUAUUCUGCUUACAGUAGUUUUAGCUCUCACCGUGCCCCCUUUAAAAGUCAAACCAAUCAUUGUCUCCCGGGGCUUACCUUUAUCUAUGGCCUCCUUCAAUUGGUCACGUUUUGCUUGGAGUUUACAAAUAGUACUCCUGCCAGCCAGGUAUUUUUGAAAUUUCUAAGGGGAACGAAUAGAAAAGUGUUAGCCUAUAGUGACUGAAGCCCAAGUAAUCGUUUAAACCUUAGGCACAUAAAUUUAAUGCGCCACUACUUACUCACAGUUACCACUGUAACAUGCUCUGAACUGUCACCAUGUCUAGAGGCAUACUCUUUGCACUCAAUAUUUUCCAGAGAACUAUCUCCCUUCUUCAAUCCUAUCCAGGAUACUAUCCAGUCAUUUCGUGGUCCACCCCAAGUCCAUCAUUUUCCAGGGAUUGUAACUCCACCAUCAACAUACACAUUGUACACUGUACACAGACAGUAUUCUCUCUCCAAGCCCUUAUUAUGCGGAUUACUCUCUAACCCUGUUUCACUCAGUACUCUCUACUAUAUAUCCAAUAUCUUUCCUCCUUACACUGUCCAAGGAUCUCUCUGCUUUCUUCCACAUUAUUUAGACAGAGCAAUGCUCCUCAACCCUCUCCUCAGGGCACACCACCAACAGUCCAGGACUUGUGGAUUACCCGGGUGUGCCUCAGGUGUUUAAAAAAAAAAACUAAAAACACCUUAGACGCUAAGGUGUUUUUUUUCUUUUUCCAAAAACCUUAGACACACCGGGGUAAUCCCUAAAUUCUGGACUGUUAGGUGUGCCUUGAGGAGAGGGUUGAGAAACACUACUCUAGAGUACUCUUUGCCUUGUUUCCACUUCAACUUUACUUCAGCCCUUUAUACGACUGUCCGUAGUACUAUCUUCCUCUCUAAUACUUGAAAGAGUAUUCUCUGCCUCUAUCACAAUAUCUUAGAGUACUGUCUGCCCUGUUCUUUUUCAGCAUAUUAUUAUUUGCUGCUCUCUAACAUUGUUGAGAGUACUUCUGCCAUCUUCUAUGCUGUCCAGAGUAAUCUCUGCACUCUCUUUACUUUACAGAAUGAUCGCAGACCUCUGUAUCACCAGAUACAUCAAUGAAACUGUUGACCCCACUUAACAUAGAACCCUACACUCUCUAAAAAUGUCCAGAGUUAUUAUCUUACAUGAUUGCUCACAUUUCCAUAAGGCAUAAUCCUAUUGUUUCUUCCUAUAAUCCAAUGUGCUUUCCCCACCCCCCCCCCUGCAUCCCCCGCGCCUUACCGCGACAUAGAAAAUUUCGGUGUCCUGCUGGUUAGCACGUCUCUUCGCUGUGCUUGUUUUACUGCUGGUGUCGGAUCCUGUGGAUUUUAGGGAUUCAGUAGACUGACUAGACUGAAAUGCAUCUAAUACAUCGAAAUCCUCAGUGCCAAUGAUGUCAAGUAGUGCCUGGAGGGUAGCUUUAAAUGUUUUCUUGACCUGGGGGAAAAAACAAACAUAAUUGUAUAAAACUAUAAGACCCCUCACUACACACCUGAUAUUGCUUCAUCUUCUCUGUGAAUAUAAUCUGUUUGUGUUAACAGCGAGAGAUAGACCUCUGUCACUGGCUACACUGCAUCACUGGCUAUAGAUCAGGACAGGAUGGAAGCUAUGCAUCAUGGGUUAUAGAUCAGGGGAAGGAGGAUACUAUGUGCCAUUGGCUAUAUAACAAGAUGGUCUAUUUGUCGCUGACUGUAUAGCCGGAUAAGAUGCUAUGCUGGAUGAGCCCUGCUGAGAAAAUAUGACCUAAAAUGCACCUCCAUUUCUAGACUGAAAAUAUCAACGCAAACCCUUCCAGUAGUUAUAGAGCAGUAGGAGCAGGGUGAGGCAUUACCUCUUCAGUUUCCAGGUUCUCGCUUGUCAGUCUCGACUGGAUGUGCUGGAAUCGAGAGGUUAACUCUUGAUGUAGCAGAGGCUCAGACCGCACUUCACACACCUGCGGACAUGGACAAAGAUUACAAUCAAUAUCAACAGGCAGACGACAGACAAAUAGGCAAACGGACAGACUCUACCCACAAAUGAUAAGUAAAAUAUAUGAAUAAUUUUUUUCCGCACCUCAUCUCCUUCAUGGGGAUGGAAUUCAAAGCGGGCUGGUGGGCAGAACGCAUCACUGCGCAUCUCCAUCACCUUGUUUUUAUCUGCCGUGGCAUCAAGACUAUCCACAGCCCCCUCAAUGGACUGCAAGCCCUGUUGCCGAGAGGCCUGAACUCGCUCUUCAGCCUGCAGGUAGACCUUCAGGGUUUUACCCAUGGAUAGGUGGAAGCCCAUAUCACAGCACUGUCAGAAAUAAGGAAAUAUAGAUUGAACACAAAAGUGGCCUUACGUGAGCUUUGACCAUACGCAAACAACAUGAAAUGUUUAAUUAUAUAUCAGUAUUCAUGAAAUGGUAUAUCACCAAUCAAAGUAGCACUCCAUAGUAAGGAAACAUACAUAGAAUAGGUGUGGCCAAAAGUAGGUUCUAAAGUAUCACAGGACAUGUAGUUCUACCAUAACUCCAUCUUAUGACCCCCCCCGGAAUAAGUAAUUGUAUAGAAUGUAAGGCGUUCUUACGUCAAUGAGGUCACCGAUGUCAUUUAAAUAGUAGUUACUGAUGUUGGCGUUGACAGUGUUGAGGUUGAUAAGAUAUUCGUUCCUGGCUUUUGUACACUUCUGGUUGUUCUCCAAAUAUUUCUUCAACCUCUGGGAAAAGAACACAUCAAAAGUCUGUAUUUACCUAAUGAAUAUGUCUCAGAUGUAAUCUAUAUUUUGCGUAGAGUUUUUCUCUUUUUCUUCGGAGACAGGACCCAAAUCGAAUUAGCAAAGACCCUGGUUUUCUUAAGGAAAUGAUUGGAAGAGGUUUCUAUUGUUCAACUCAAUUUUACUCACAAUAUAGACAUAGAGAGCAAGAACUAAACGCUCCUUUUUCUAUGGUACAGCAGUGAGAAGCUAAGUGUUCAUUCAUUCUUUUCAUGUUGGUCUACUUUGGAAUGUUCAAAGAAAUUGUAGAAUGUUAACGCAUUUGUGGACACAGCACCUGCAUACAGGGCUCUCUAUGAGUAAGUCCUUCAAUUUAAUAAGGAUGAAACGCGUCAGAUGUGGUGGAUUUUUUUUUUUUAAACUUCUUUUGAUACUUUAAUAAAGAGUUUCUGGCAGACAGUUUUCACCCUCUAUGCUGUGUGUCUGUAUUGUCUAUUAAUCUUUACUCAUUUGGCUGUCGUAAGUGUGAUGGUGGGAGCCCUGUCUGGAAGCACCCAGGGCUGAUUUGGGUGAGUGGAGUUGCCCGGACAUUACUAUAAGUUUAUACCCUCUCUGCGGUUGGGUGCAAGUUUGUGUCAACGGAGCGCAUGGGAAUCCAUCACCUAAAAGUUUUUAGCUGCAUACAGAACAACUAAAAGAAGUGCAGGAAAUGUCAUCACAAUCCAGGGACAGUUUGCAUAGGAAAAGAGGAAAUAUAAACAUUGUUUCAUUUGUCCUUGUCUUUGCAUGCUUUCUGUAUGCUGACUGCCAGGUGCAAAGGGCAAAGCUUGUUUCAAUGGCUGACAGGAAGCCAAGAUGGAGGCACUUAGUUGCAGAAUAAGGAGGUCAGGAUUUGUCAUUUGAUUUCAUUUUUUUCAACUGAUACACACAUAUUAAGUAAAGCGGCUCUGUCACUCUGGUCUUUAUUAAUUUAGCGGUGCGGUGGCCCAGGGGUGUAGGGGAAGGUAAGUUUUACUUGCCUAAAGGUGUCCAUUGACGGUGAUAGCUCCCCCUUUUGUCAAGUUUUGCCAAGUGUAGGAAAAAUACACAAGAUAAAAUAGUCCCUACUUUGUCUUACGAUAUCUUUUGAGUAUUUUUGAAAUUUCAAUAAAAUUCCAACAGUCAAUGUGAGUAUUUCAUGAAUAUUUUAUCUUUUUGAAAUACUCAUUAUUUUGGGGGGGUGGGGUGAGAGCAACUUAAUGAUCACUGGCAAUAAGAUAAACAAGUUUUCUAGGUAGUUUACCUUCUCAACAAGUCUUUCCGUUUUCUUCAGGGAACUGCGUCUCUGUCCUCGAUCCGCCACUGGGGAGCUUGCGGUUUGUUCGCUGACUCUACCUGUGCGUUUCUCCUCCUGCUUCUCUGCCUCCCUCAAUUUGUGCUCAGAGUUCAGACAGUCAUUGUGAU